AUGCGGGAUUGCUCUUAUGAACGGGACACGGGAAUCGGCAAUUUUGAGGAGCGGGAUUCGGGAAAUAAUCACUUAGACGAACCUAGAACUGGGAUGUCCGUUGACGAGGAUUUAUGAAGAAAUUUAUCUUCUCAGUCAUGAAAAGCACCAAGCACACAGGCUCUCUAGCAUUCAAGAGGCGGUCGGGCUGCUCAGCGACACUCUUAAGUUAUUGCGCGGGAAUGAAAAUUAG